GGUUCCCCAUCCCAACAUGGGGGGUCAGCCCUCCAGGACCCCGAGUGCUUUGCCCACCUCCUGCGCUUCUAUGACGGCAUCUGCAAGUGGGAAGAGGGCAGCCCCACGCCGGUCCUCCAUGUCGGGUGGGCCACCUUCUUGGUCCAGUCCUUGAGCCGCUUCGAUGGGACGGUCCGGCAGAAGGUGACCCUCGUGAGCCGGGACGUGGAAGCGAACGAGGACGACGACCAAGGCAGCGAAGACCCUCGGGAAGGCCGCCGCCGGGGCCCCCGACGAGAGUCCAAGCCCGAAGAGCCUCCAUUGCCCAAGAAGGUGACCGAGCGCCGGCGUCCGAGCUCCAGCCAGAGGGUGGACAGGCCGCCUCCGGAGAAGGAAGAAGGCCCCGGCGGGGGUCCGAGUCCCCCUCCGGAGGGUCCCAUCCUCACCUUCCAGAGCGAGAAGAUGAAGGGCAUGAAGGAGUUGCUGGUGGCGGCCAAGAUCAACUCCAGCGCCAUCAAACUCCAGCUCACGGCGCAGUCCCAAGUGCAGCUGAAGAAGCAGAAGGCGUCCGCACCACGGGACUACACGUUGGCCUUCCUCAAAAGACCCCGCAAGUCCCUCUGAGGCCAGUUGGGGGCAGCAGCGCUGUCUUCAACGGCAGGGACAUCUCUGGCAUUUUCAGGGACCAUAGAAACUCACUCAUCUGUCUGGGAAGGGGACAAAUCCUUUCCGUUGGAGGUCUUCUCCUCCCCCCAACUACUGAAAACUACAGAGUCUUGGUCACAUUUUCAGAGAUUUCAUAGCACA